AUGAAGUGGAGCCACUGGACCCUGGUCGCCGUGUGUUUAGGCCACGCCGCGUGUGCCACGUUGCCGACACUGGCGACGCAAGACGCGCUCUCCGCCAUCACCGCUGCCCCCGAGGUUUACGACGAUUACGACUUAGCCAAAAGAGGCCGGGAAGCCAAGGUCAAUAAGGACUUCCAGAAGUUGAAGGAGCAAAAACUGAUGAUCCAGGACGGCAAGCUGCUGGAGGAAGACGUCCCCAAGCCGUGGAUCUAUACCAACAGCGAGGGGGAGAAGGAGAUCAUCACGCCGGUGGUGAUUGCCCUGGUGACUUUUUAUAAUAAGCCGCCGAAAGUGAACGCCGACCUUGCCCCCUGGAUCUCGCUUAAUAAGCAAGGGGAACCGAAGACGGUGACGCCCAAGCGUGGUGGCGAUGGUGUGAAAAAGGGGUACCCUACCUACGGGACGUGGUUCGCCACUCCCACCCAGGAAACCCACGAAGUCAAUGGUGAAACCCAUAUUAUCGACACCCACGCCGAGGAGGACGAGAGGGAACACAUGUUUGACCCGUUGCUCCGGUGUACCCCCGAAAGAUACGGCAAGAAGGGGGUAGCUAAGGAUAAGUCGACGGAGCCCUUCUGCAACCCCGUCGAGGAAAACAAGCCCUACUUGGUCAACCGCACCUAUUUCGUCACCUGGUACUCGGGUUUCUUCAAGGAUGAUGAAAACGACUUUGAACAGGCCAAAAAGGUCAGAAUACACUUAAGUGCGGUGAAGCAGGCGGCGCGGCGCAAGGGGAUGAAGCGGGACCUUAUCGACACCGUCAAGAGCACCUACGAGCUGACGGUGAACAGAUUGACUAAACGGGCGCGGGAGAUCGAGGCUGGCGGCAAGGCGGCGGCGGUGCCGUUCUUCUCGUCGGAAUGGGUCCUGAACACCCGGGGAUGGUACCCGCUCGAAAUCCAGGAAGAGUGGUUGGGUAAAGAAGAACAGCGGUCGAUUUUGAUCCUGAUCCAGCCUGAUUACACCACCGACGAAGACUUUAACUCCAUGCACAGGUACGUGGUGAUCCCCAUCCGCCGCAAGACCCGGGUCGACAAGAAGAACUAUAAGGAUAUCGACACCUUGGAGCAGAAGCAGGCGAACCGGUACUUGGGGAUCCACGACGAGGACGAGGACCACUACGAGAAGUACUACGUGAUUAUGGCGAUCCCCACUUGCGUGAUGAUCGCGGCGUUGGGGAUGUACUUGUUUGUGUUCAUCAACCGCAAGCAGACGGACUUGUCUGGUUUGAAGCGGCGCAACUUCGCCCGCGAAAAGACGUUGAAGAAGAAGUUGCCGUGGACGCUGAAGAAGAAGCGCGGCGGCUACAGCGAGCUCCCCCAGUACAACGAGGGCACCUCCAGCAAGCAUGAAUAG